GGUGCUAACGCAUCACGCCAGGUCGCGCGCGUCGCGCCGGAGAAGUUCUGGCCUUUCUCUCUCGCAGUCAGUGCUCCCCGGCGUUUGUCUCUUCUCAACCUGUCCCUGACAUGUCGCAAUCACAGCUCUUCGAGCGUCAGGAAGAGUACUACGACAUCCCCACCUCGACUUUGACACCCAUCCAGAUCCGCGAGAAACUCGCCGCGCUUGCCGCGUCGGUCAUCGGGGAGAACAACAAGGCGUCCUUCGCAGAUGUCCUGACGCUCAAGUCAUCGCCGAACGGCGGCGUCGCCGUCACGGACGACUUGAAGUACACUGGUGAGUCGUGAUCGCCGACUAGG